GAACGCAGUCUAAUGUUUCACGCUUAUUGGGGAAUAGCUGCUGAUGCUCGGAAACAGCUUCUCGUUCAAGCAGUUUACAGCCUCCAACUUUAGCAUCAGAUCAGCCACCAUCAAUCUUUUUCUGCAAAACCCUUCAAUAUUCCAACACAAACCCCAGAAUCGCAAAGUCCCCGAGCUCAUUUCUCUAUGGCGAGUCCCGCAGCGCCAGUUUCAGUCCACAGACCCACCAUAACUCACAUAAUCUUCGACAUGGACGGUCUCUUGCUGGACACCGAGAAGUUCUACACUGAAGUCCAGGAAAUCAUACUAGCAAGAUAUAACAAGUCUUUUGAUUGGUCUCUUAAGGCAAAAAUGAUGUGAAAGAAAGCAAUAGAAUCUGCUCGGAUCUUUGUUGAAGAGACUGGGAUCAGUGAUUCACUUUCAGCUGAGGAUUUUCUUGUACAAAGAGAGGAGAUGCUGCAGAAAUUGUUUCCAUCAAGCGAGCUCAUGCCAGAAAGUGUCAUUCCAAUCAAAUAACUCAGUUUCUGCAGAACAGCUUUUCUUUUAUACUGCCCCCAAAUCCAUAUGAGCAUUUUUUUUUUCUCUUGGAGAAGUUGCUAGUUGAUAUAUGACUUGUUGCACAAGAUGAAAUUUCCUGGCCAGGGAUUCAAGAUUUCACAUGACUAUCCACCAAACCAAAUGAUGAAAGAUGAUUAAUUUUGUAGGAUUCUUAGAUUCAGCCCUUUUUAUUAGUGGAAACUAGAAAGGUAUACUUCUUUGUGAGGACAUUUUGACAUAUAAAUUGAAUAGGGGAAGUGGAAUGCAAAGAAGUUCUUGCAAGUCUUCUGAUGUUCAAAUUGAAGCUGACAUUUAAGGGUCCAAAAUUUGGUCUUGCGUGUGGUUGCUUCCUUAAAAUACUCCCAGACAAUACUUAUGGCUAAAGGGGCGGUGGGCUCAAGGGUGGUUUCAGCACUAGCAGACAAUUGAAAUCUGGAACCUACCUUCUAAAUAAUGGCCAAGAUUUUAAAACUGUAAUCUUUUGCACAAUGUUCAGUGCUAGUUCUCAAAACUAAAAGUGCAAGGCUGGUUCUGACCGGCUCUAGACUAAAAAUGAAAGGGGCUAGCUGUUUGAUUAAACAUCUUCAUGCGAAAGGAAUACCAUUUGCCUUGGCAACAGGAAGUCACAGGCGGCAUUUUGAGCUAAAAACAAAAAGACAUGGUGAGCUUUUCAAAUUGAUGCAUCAUAUAGUCCUUGGUGAUGAUCCGGAAGAUAAAAAAGGCAAGCCAGCACCAGAUGUAUCUCUAGCUGCUGCUGGAAGAUUUGAGAGACUUAAAAUGUCAAAGAGGAUUUUGAGUGAGCAUGUUCACUUCCACAGCUUCAACUCUUUCAACUCCCCUGCUUAGCUUUCUACCCCUGUGAGAGGAUUUUCUUAAUUUUCUUUAGUUCUAUAAACAAACAAGGUCAAGGGUCUUGUUGCUUUGAUUUACUUCAUUUCAGUAUUAGCCACAUGUUAAAUAUCAAGCUUUAUGGUGGCUUAUGAGAACUCUUAAAUUCACAGGGUGGACCAGUGGAUUCACAUAAGAUACUUGUAUUUGAAGAUGCACCUUUAGGAGUUCUUGCAGCCAAGAAUGCUGGGAUGUAAAGUGCACUUAUUUUAGUAAAUUUUACAUGUAAAUCACAAUAAAUCACCAUUCUGUGUUGUUUCAUGUAGUGAACUAUUACAUUUAUAGCACACCAUCUCAUUAUUUGUCCUUUCUCGUACUGUGAGGUUCAAAUCCUCCCAAGCAAAAAGGGUGUUUUUUUUUUUUUGGGAUUAAAGCCUAAGGAUGAUGUAUAUUUCUGAGAAAGAGGGCGCCCAUCUCCUUUCUUUUCUUACUACACGGUACACAACGGUUUGACUUCAGAAUUCCUUUGCUUACUAUUUCCCUGUUUUAUUUGAACCAUGUAGGUCAGUAGUUAUGGUUCCAGAUCCACAGCCUGAUAACUCUCACCAUGAUGCAGCAGACCAAGUUCUGAGCUCCCUUUUGGAUUUCAACCCAAGAGAAUGGGGUUUGCCUCCAUUUGAAGAUGGAGAAAGCUAAACAGGUACACCGUUUGCAGUGGUUAUUUGAGUGGCUCUUUUCCCCUAGCCCCAAACUGAAGAAGCAUUCUUUCUGUAUUUUGUCUGAUUGAACGCUAUAGGCGAACACCUUGACAUUUGAUGCAUUGGUUGCCAUGCAUUAUUUACAUUACAUUUCUAAAUUAUGGUAUGGAUGCUUAAUAAUUAUGAUAAUUUAGG